CACACACUGCACAACAUCGGCUCUGCCGUUUCUGCUCGGGAUAACAGAGACGGAAGGAUGGCGGAGUCCAUGCAGUGGUAACACUUCGUACAGACGAGCGCAGACUUUGGUGGCCUGUGAUUUUGUGCGUCGCUUGUGAUGAGGGAUGAAAAUGUUCCUUCGUGAGGUUUAUAGGGUAUAAACCUACACGAAAUCCGGUGCAUCUUCAUCAUGAACUGUUGUGAAGUACAGUUUGAUAUUGUGACAAAUCUGCGAAAAUAUUCACAAGCGAUUUGAUCUCCAGGGACUGAAAACACUAAAAUAUGAACACCACUAUUGUGUUUUUGAAAAAUUUUAAUAGGUUAUCAGUAGGUCAUCAACAAAAUGUGAUUUUUUUACUCUGAAUUUGGCAGGUACAUCAAUGUAGACUGUUAUAAGAUUUGAAACACAAACCUACGAGAAUAUUGUACACCGAUAAGUGAGAAACUUAAUUUGACUGUGGAGUUAUGCGGAAGAUCCUGGGGCAUUAAUGUGAUGUAGUUUUGUCUGGAAAAUGAGAGACAGAUAAGGUCCAUGACACUGUUGACGACUGUGUGGACAUGUCUUCUUACAGGAGUUACGUGCCGUGGAACAAGAGUGGUCUAAGUCCCUCGUACAGUGGCAGCAGCUAUGGUGGCGCCAAGGCGUCUGACAGUGGCAUAUCAUCCUCUACACCGCAGUAUGAUGGUGGCGGUAGUGGAGGUGGUGUUUAUGGCCGACGGGCUAUCGCUGGAGGCGACAGUGCCAACACGGGCAGAAGUAGCUACUUAUCUGGUUCCAGCUACAGGUCGCCGUACCUCGGUUCGAACUACACUCGGAGCUCAACAAGCAGUUACGUGAGCUCUCCUAAAGACAGCAAGACGAGGCCUGCUACGACGUCAAGUAGUGGCGUCGCGACGGAAAGGAAAGACAACAAGGAGAGCGAACGACUGUCACUCCGCGACAGAUAUUCCUCAGGCACGUAUCCGGGCAGGGCGAGGGAUUCAAGCUAUAACUCAAGGGAUAAAGAUGACGCGGACAUGGGGAGUAGCCACCGUGCCCUAGGGAGGAGCAUCAGUACCAAAUCAAAGACAGAUGCUAGCCCCGAAACGAAGGCCAUCUCAGCAGACGUGGGAGUGAAAGCGGAUCGUGUGGGUUGUGGUAGUUCCAUAUCACCGUAUCGUCUUUAUAGUCGGAGUUCGUAUAGUAGAUCCAUCAGCAGAGACUAUGCCCCUGAUGCUGCCUCUUCGACAACAUCCACACCUGUCACAUCACCAAUCCAUACGCCUUCGUCACUGCGGUUUGGUAGUUCCUCCAAGUACGGCUCGAACGCCAUCCGAAGCCCUGCCAGUGAAAAACCGCCCACCAUUUUUGGACACUCCAGUGGGGGUUACAGUGGUAGGUCCAUUAGUAGAUCCAACUCGCAGCAAGAUUCGGAAGAAGCCAAGACGAAAGGUGUGACACCAGGCAAUUCUGUGACUACACCAACCACUGAAGGAGCUGCUGAUAAUGGGAAAACAAAUGAGUUGAACAACAAAAAAGAGAAAACAGAAGAAGAAGAAGUGACCCAGACCACGUUCAUUACAGUUGUAACAAGGGGAACGUCCCCUACAGCUCCGUCUGCUAUAUCAUAUAUAAGAACCAGACGAGCGGAUAUGGCUCGUGUUGUAGAGAAGACGAUAGAGAAGCCAAAAACGAGACCUCAAAUGAUAGACAAAGAAGUUCAGGCUGAACGCGGGGAAAACACAACAAGGUUAUCCCGUUACGGGGUCUCUUCAAGAUGGUCGACGUACCUUGACAGGUACCCCAGCGCAGCCAGCAGCUACUCUCCCGUCGCCAGAUACACUUCACGUUAUGGCUACUCAUCAAGAAGCGAUGACAAAGAAAUGGCCAUUAAACCUUCUGUUGGCCAAGAAUCCUCUGAAAGUAGCUCAACGAAAGAAGCUCCUAAACCCAAAUCCUCUACAGCAUUUACAAACAAGGAUAUAGACGAAGACAAAGACAAAGACAGCGUAUUGUCUAGUCAGAAACUUAAAACUAGUCUCUCAGAUUCCUGUGAAAGGAGAACAGACAAUGAUAUCAGCACUGUAAAACGAACAGACAGUGUAAAAACUGAUGUUGAUAAAUCAAUGGCGAAAGAGCUAAAUGUAACGGAAGUUGUGGAAAGUAAAGAAACACCUCGAGAUAUAUCGAUUGUAGGUAGCGAUAAACACGAAGAUACAGCUUAUGUAAAAUCAAAAACUGUUGGCAAAGAAGAUAAGGAGAAGCCAGCAGAAGGCCUUACAAAAAAUUACAAGACGGCAAAAGAAUCAGGAGUCGACAGUUUAACUCAAGUCAAAACAGCGAAGAAAACAAAUGUUAAACAGUCGGCAGAGAAUACUGAUGUCAUACCUACAUCUCCAACAUCAAUUUCGGCGGUAGGGACAUCUUGCACGACACCAAGUGAAGGAAUUGAGUCUAAGCCUCCAGUUGAUUCAAAAAUUGAGGGAAAUGGUUUGAUUCUAGCUAAAUCUAUUAAGAGUACUGAUGUGAAAUUCUCUACACCAACGAGCAUGCCUCAAGAUGGCGAAGUUCCAAACAGAAUCAAAUCUAGAAAUGUAUCAUCAUCGGAAGACUUAUCGGAUAAGACGUCUUCAAUGGAAGGAAAUAAAACGUCAGAUGCAGUUACCGGAAGUGCAGUCUUAACCAGAGUAAAGUCUUUCAGGAAUAUAAGUGGCAAACCUUCCGCUCAAACAGGAACUGAAACCCCAGUCGGAAUGAAGUCCAGGUCUUCGUCAGUUACCUCCAUUUCGUCAGAUGAAUUGUCGGCAAAAACAGCAUCAGUUGAAGGAUCAAUUUCUAAAACUGCAUCAGAUCAAGGAAGCGAUAGUUUGGGUUUAAUUAGAACGAAGUCAUUGAAGAAUGUGACUGCAAAGCGUCCUGUACCAAAUGGCGACGAAAUAACAUUUCGUACGAAGUCUAAGUCUGCAUCAUCUGUUUCUCUCUCUUCUGAGGGAGUAACUGAUAAAACAUCGUUGAAUGAACGAAUUCUUUCAAGAACGCCAUCUGGUGAUGGAUCUCAAACAAAUACACGGUCUAAUGAAGUCAGCUUACUGAAAUCAUCGUCGAAUGAGGGACCAUUAAACAAAACUAGUCCCUUAUCUACCUCAUGUUCUAAGCCCUUACCUAAUACAUCCACAUGUAAACUCCCACCUCCAUUUCCCAAGACUGACAGCAAUAACCAGAUUCUCAAGACUUCCUCCUCCUUACAUUCCCUAAACAAAUUCGGUGCCGCCAACAAAGACUUCCGCAAAUCCGCGCUUAAUGUGGAACUUUCCAGUGCUCUACAGACAGAAGCAUUCAAAAAACAGCAAGAAAAACAAAGGCAUGCUAGUACUUUCGAAAGAAAAUUCAACCGAAGUAAUUCUAUGAGCUCUGGUGAUUCUGACCCAUCUUGCGGUGAAGGGAGCUCCACUCAUUCACUGCCAGUUGAAGUUGACAGUACAUUAACUUCUUUACGGACUUCUAAAUCGCUCUCCAAGCUGUAUUCCAGUAGCUCUACAUCUAAACUCCCUUCAGGGACUCCUCAUAAGUAUGCGUUAUUUCCUAACCAGAAGAGUCCAGGCACAACCAAAUCAACAUCUGAAGUGGCGAAAGCUUGCUGUGAGACACCGCUGUCUCCCACUGGUGUACAGCGACAUGGGUCAUCCGCCUCUGACACAGAUAUCAGCUCCAAUGAAUCAUCCUCUUCAUCUCAAAGCAGUAGUAGCGAUGAGGAGGAUGAUGGACUAGCCGUGAAAUGUCUUAAUUCUGCAGACAUCCAACAACGGACUUCUAGAUCGCCUGCAAUAGCAGAUUCGCAGCAAAAUUCUGUCAUUCCAACUACAAAAGUUUCAUCUAGUGAUGACUUGUGUAUGUCUGCAGAUAAGCCACCCAGGCCACCAGUCAGUCCAAAGCCACCUAAAGCAGAUGAGUCUAAGUCAUUCCUUAUGAGGGCUCUAGCCCCAGUCAAAAAUCUGUUUAGAGGAAAGCAAGAGAAUAAUAAUUUGGAAGGACUAAAAAGGGCCAGCAGCACCCAGUCGCUGGACAUGUCUAACAAGGAAGAUGUGGGUGAGACGAAACAGAGCAUAGUGAAUAAAUGUAACUCCCAGGAUAGUAUCUCUGACUUUAGUCAUAAAACCGAAACUGGUUCUGGAGAUGAAAGCGUCAAAUUUAGCCAUAAAUACAAGAUAAGAAAGCAGGAAUCAGGAGAUAGAGCUUGGUGGCUGGACAGUAACCCAGAUAUUCCUGAAGGUGUCAAAAGAAUGGAAAUCAGUACUUCAGUUAAUAAACUAAAGGACGCGGAAACGGACUGCAAUAAGAAAGAUAAUAUGCAGAAGGUCUCAAGUAACGAUUCGUUGGACAAACUGAAGGAACGCAUAGAAAGUAAAGGAGAUAAUGAAACAAAAACAAAGCGAAAAUCAUACAAGAUUUCACACCAACAGUCAGGGGAGUUAUCUUGGCGGUACAACAGUAGUGAUGUUCCGGAAGGGGUAAAGAGGGUACAGAGUAACUCUUCUGUAGAUAAUCUUCAGGGAGACGAGAAAGCAGAAGUCAACACUGACAAGUCUGAAGUAGUUCAGAAAACAUUUGGUGGUACUUUCUUGCAUCAGAAAAAAUUUUCAAAAAGUGAUGCUUCUACAGUUCCUGUGGGAGUAGAAAAUAAAAAAGAAAAAUUACACAGGCUCAGACACCAACAGUCAGGAGAGUUGCCAUGGUGGCUUGACAGCAGUGCACCUGUUCCUGAGGGCGUUGAGAGAAUUCAAGACAACACUUCUAUAAACAAAGUUCGCGAUUCUGAUACAGAAUUCAAGAACUCUAAUAACCACACUGACAAGUCUAACGGGGUCUGGAGAACACCAAGUAACUUAUCUCUAAAUAAAAGCACCUAUUCAGAUUAUGACUCUGGAAACUCUGGGAUGGGAGAUGAAAAUACAAAGACGAAAUUUCACAGACUCCGGCAUCAACAAUCAGGAGAGCUUCCAUGGUGGCUGGAUAGCAGUGCCCCUGUUCCAGAGGGAGUUCAACGCAUUCACAGCAAUUCUUCAAUUAAUAAGCUCCAGGACUCUGAUGGAGAGAAGACUUCAGGAGUGGUUCAGAGAAUGAAGAGCAAUAUAUCAAUAAAUAAGCUUCAAGACUCUGAUGGAGACAACAAAACAACACAGGGAGUGCAGCGAAUACGAAGCAAUUCCUCAGUCAACAAAUUACAAAGUUCGGACUCCGAUAGCAAGAAGUCGGCAGAAGGAAAGAAAGCGGAAAAGAAUGUCCACAAAAUUAGACAUCAGGAAUCAGGGGAAUUGCCCUGGUGGUUAAGUAAUGAUACGCCGCACUCUGACGUAACGCAAAGGAACAAGAACAAUCAGGCUGAGAGUGCAAUGAACGAGCCAGAACACAGACAGGAAGAGUCCGACAACAGGACCUUCCCUUACAAGCUAAGACAUCAAGAAUCUGGGGAAAAGGCCUGGUGGUUAAGUAGCAGAGGAGAUGUCCCAGAAGGGAUUAAAAGGUUUGACAGCAACUGUUCUCUCAGUGAGUGCCUCAAAUCAAGUGAAGGAAACCAGGAUAAUGUAGAAAGUUCACCCAGCGGAAAUUCUGAGGAAGACUUCAGUGAAGAUAAUAACAAAGACAAAGAAAAGGCACAUGGAAACGGAGUGCCAAAGUUCCCAUUGGUACUGCCUUCUACAGCUUCUGGGGGUAAUAUCUCAGAAUCCAGGGGGGAGAAGAAGACUGGUAGGAGUUCACCUUAUGAUAAUAUUGAAGAACCAGAGCGGAAGGCUCCCAAGAUCCAGGCCACUAAAUCGAGACCCAAGCAUUUGCCUCUGUUCAUUGGCAACCACACUAACAUUGAUGAUAUCUUGGGCACUGCCGCUGCUCUGGUGAACCCCGUUAUGGGUCUCUCAAGGCUCUGCAAGAAGCGUGAUAUUCGGGAUGAAGUAUCAUCUAACGAGGAAGAUUCUGGUGAGGAAUUUUCUGACCUCGAAGAGGUUCAUCCUGGACAGGUCCGCAUACACGACAGCACAGCGAAGACUCCGCAAAUCCAGCGCCGCUUGAACGUGACGGAUGCAACGGCGAGGCGUCGCUCUUCAGGCAUGAUCAAGCUCGAUGACGCGGCCCUGCAGCUCUACAAGGAUGGCGACUACGGCUCCUACCUCGAUCUGGAAGCUUCCAUCAGCGAGCAGCAAGAAGAAUUCGAUGGCUUCCAGACAAAUCGAAAGAAUUCAAUUGUACUGCGCACACAGCUCUCCGUAAGAGUGCACACGAUAAUAGAGAAACUUCUUAACUCCGAGGGUCGUGAGCUGAGGCGGGCCCUCUUUUCUCUGAAACAGAUUUUUCAGGAAGACAAGGAUUUGGUGCAUGAAUUCGUUCAGAAUGAUGGUCUGGCCUGCCUCAUCAAAGUUGGCUCAGAAGCGGACCAGAACUACCAGAACUACAUUCUCAGGGCACUGGGACAGGUGAUGCUGUAUGUGGAUGGAAUGAAUGGUGUAAUGGAGCAUAAUGAGACGGUACAGUGGCUGUAUGCUCUGAUUGCCAGCAAGUUCCGCCUUGUUGUAAAGACAGCCCUCAAACUCCUCUUAGUGUUUGUAGAGUAUGUGGAAACCAACUGCCUCCUUCUCAUCAAGGCUGUCCAUGCUGUUGACACAACUCAUGGUUUGCUUCCCUGGAGUAACAUUGUGAAGCUCCUAAAGGACUAUGAUGCAGCAGACACAGAGCUUCUGAUCUAUGCCAUGACACUGGUAAACAAGACACUAAAUGGAAUUCCAGACCAGGACACUUACUAUGAUCAAGUGGAUGCCCUGGAGGAGCAGGGUAUUGAAGGGACCAUUCAGAGGUACAUGUCAAAGCAAGGCACAGACCUUGACCUUCUGCGCCAGUUCCAAAUUUAUGAAGCAGUGUUGCAUCAUGAGGAUGGUGAAGAAAAGGGUACUCCAUUGAAACAACUGGAUGAGACAGUGCGCAAAACUCUUAGGAAUCGAAAGUCACUCACAGAAUCAAUGAUGGCAGAACGACGCAAGUCUCGACGGCAUUCUACAGGCACCUCACCUAUGUCCUCAUCGCUUGGUGGUUCAGUGCGAGGGAACAACUCAUCUCUCCAAACCUCAACUGCAGCGGAUGAUGACGAGUCAGAGUCCUCCAGCUCAAGGUCAUCACCAGGCCAUGAACUCAAUGGCUCUUACAAAGAGAGCAGAGCUGGUGAUGCAGGUGUUACACCUGCCCUAAGGCGGCGUCGUGAACGAGCAGAGAGACAGCGCAGUUUCAUUCGUGAGCAGCAGGAGACAGCCGCUACCCUCAAGGCAACCCUUGGUAGCCCCGAUGAAGGGGUUGCAGAUGAAAACCAGAGACUGUGUAAGAGGUUAGGGAAUGGCACAUUUGACAAUGGAGACUCCCGUUCCUCGAACAAACUUCAACAGCUAAACCGCACCCCUAGCCGCAAAGACCUUACACCCCUUAUGAAUGCUGUUAAUAAGCUACAGGAUGCCACACCUGGGGCAGAAACAGAAGGUAAUGGAAUCCUGAAGAAACCCUGGGUCUUGUCCAUGAUGUAUGGGAAGAACAAUGCAGAAGAGGGGAGUGACGACACACCACUGGUUGGCGAAAAUGAGCAAGAUGACUCUGUAGCAACAUCAGAAAGGAAGAAAAUUCUACAGUUGAAGCGAGAAAAUACAGUGAAGGAUCUCACUCAAAAACUGUCCAGUCAGAAUAUCAUCCACAGCCCAGCUGAAGAUGGGAACAACAAGAGCAUUAACAGGAUAGGAGACAUGACUGGGCUCAUCUCUAAAGCAAAAGAGGGGCUUGCAAAGUCCAAAUCAAAGCAGGAUGUUGUAAAAAGUCCAACAAAUGAGAACAUACCCAAGAUGGUGGAAGCAAAGAAGUCUGAAACAGAGCUCCAUUGGGAAGAGCUGGUACAUUCUAUGAAGCGCCCCCUCUCACUUUGUGAUCUGGACUUUACUGACCUCAAAAGUGAUGAUGAGGUGGACAUCCUGUCACCUGCCAACAUUUCAAAUGGUGGUCCACCCCCUCCUCCACCUGUUCCAAUGGCUCCUGGUAUGUCUUCAUCACGAGGCACAGCCCCUCCUCCACCACCGCCUGCCACCAGGUCUGGCACUGUUGUGCCACCUCCAAUGCCUCCUUCAGUCAUUAGCCCUCCUCUGUUUGGUGUGAGUCUGCGGUCUCAACGCAGCCCUGUCAAUAGCACAUCCACUGCAGACACAAGUAAGGCACUUCCAUCAACACCAGUCAAGAAAACCAAAAAGACAGUGAAACUAUUCUGGAAGGAAGUGCGGGAUGACCCCAUCAUUCUGGCCAAGCUGCAGCAGACAGGAAUGAUCUGGGAUGAAUUACACCCAGUCAGUAUUGAUACUCAGAAGUUGGAGCAUCUUUUUGAGUCCAGAGCCAAGGACCUCAUCACCAAGGAGAAACAACAAGAAAUGAAUAAGAACAAGGAGAUCAUUGUGUUGGACCACAAGCGCUCAAAUGCCAUCAAUAUUGGUAUGACAAAGUUGCCACCACCCCGUUCUAUCAAGACUGCAAUUCUCAAGAUGGACGCAACCAUCAUGAAUCGGGAAGGAAUAGAGAAGUUGCUGACAAUGUUACCAACAGAAGAGGAAAGAUCAAAGAUUCAGGAGGCCCAGGUAGCAAAUCCAGAUAUGCCACUUGGAAGUGCUGAACAGUUUCUCCUCACGCUGGCCUCCAUUACUGAACUUCCUGCACGCCUCAAAUUGUGGGCCUUCAAACUUGACUUCGAGAACAGUGAGAAAGAAAUAGCAGAACCAUUAAUGGAUUUAAAGCAGGGAAUGGAAACCCUGAAAGCAAACAAGACAUUCCAUGGGAUCCUCAGCACAUUGCUGUCAAUAGGAAUCUUCCUAAAUGGCAAUGAGGUUAAGGGGUUCCAAAUUGAGUAUUUGGCUAAAGUUCCAGAAGUAAAGGACACAGUACACAAGCACUCUCUUCUACACCAUUUGUGCCACAUGGUAAUGGAGAAGUUUCCUGACUCAUCUGAUCUGUAUUCAGAGAUUGGAGCUGUGACUCGUGCAUCAAAGGUGGACUUUGAUGAACUUUCUGCCAACAUUCUCAAGAUGGAGCAAGAGUGCAAAGCAUCUUGGGACCAUCUCAAAGUCAUUGCUAAACAUGAUGGCUGUACCAUGAAAGUCAAAAUGUCAGACUUCCUGGCAGACUGUGCUGAGAGAAUUAUUGUGCUGAGCAUUGUUCAUCGCCGAGUGAUGAACAGGUUUCACAAGUUCCUGCUAUGGCUGGGAAUCCCACUGCACCGUGUAGCAGAUACAAAACCCAAUGAGUUCUGUCGCAUUGUAUCAGAAUUUUCACUGGAAUAUCGCACAACACGGGAACGUGUAUUGCAGCAGUUGGAGAAGAAGGCAAACCACCGUGAACGUAAUAAGACUCGUGGCAAGAUGAUUACUGAGGUAGGAAAAUUCCGCACAAAGGAAGACCGAGCUGACGCAGAACUGAGGCAGUUAUUAGGCAGUGACCUCUCUGAUGCAGACAGCAUCCAUGGUACCUUGCCCUGGCGGCGACAGCGUAAGGAUGUGGGACGCACAGUGUUAAGUCCACUUGCACGGGGGGAGAUGGUGAAUGGUAAUCUUACAGAUGGUGAUGAUGAAAUUUUAGAGAGUCUUGUCAAGACAGCAACCAAAGCUCCAGCCACACGUACAACUCCACGUGAAAGAAAACGUACACGCCAUGCUGAUCGAAAAUCUUUGCGGAGAACGCUGAAAAAUGGACUUUCUGAAGAAGAGAAGAAGCACCUGGCAGCAUACAUCAAGGGUUACUGAACUGGAGAGCUCUCAGGUCUGUGCACAAAGACUGUGAUACCCAACAAGUGACUACUACUGAACUGCUGUAUGCUCCACUUGUUUGGGCGGGUGGCACUUGUGAUAUUACUCAAGCAGUGAGAGUACAUGAAAGAAACACUCUGCUCUUCCUACAGUGGCACGACAGAAACAUAAUACUCUACCAUUAGUGUGUAUUCUGAAUCAACACUAAAAGGCACAUUUAUAUAUAUAUAUAUAUUGAUGCAUCGCUGUACACUCUUGUAUGGUGUGUUCCUAGUCUGUUUCAACCAGUAACUUCUGUAGAUGCAGAAUUAGAAUUCCUUUCUUAUGCAGUGAGAAUUGUGCCACAUUUAUAAGUAAUGCUCUUAAUGAUUUACUGUACUGUUCAUUAUAUCCAUUAUGAGGAAUGAAAAUAUCUGUAGGUGAUACAGUACACAUUCCUGUGCCAGUAUUUUGAGGAGCAUGGCAUACAGGUAUAUGUUGUUAUGGAGGUUUAGGUUUUGUAUGAAUUUUGUAAGCAAACUAAGUGUGACUCCUUUAUUGGUUGUCUGUUGAAUAAAAGCAUCAAAAUCACUUAAUAUUAUGUGAAUAUUAGAAUGAAAGGAUAUGAUUUGUAGAUGAGAUUUUGUACAUAACAAUGGCAGUGUUGUUAGAAUUUGUAGUUAUAAUUGUGUUUGUGUAAUUUUUGUGGUGAAACUAUAAUUUUGUAUAAAUGAAUUACAUUGAAGCCAUUUCUCAUCCAAACUAUAUGAACUGUAUGCAACUUGACAUGCAAAGAUGAUUGACUAGUCUUGACAAAUUUCUCGGUGGCUCGUAACACUGCUGCAGUUGGAAGAAAUGAAAGCUGAAAGUCAUGUUUGUUACUGAUGGUAUAUGAGCUGUGGUAUGCAGGUAAUGUAGGCCUCAGUGAGUAUCAUUAAAUGAUCUUGAAACAGUGAAA